AGCAUUCGGGUCCUCGAUAUCGCUCCAGGUGAACGCGAUGACAUCCUCCGGGGAAACUUCGGAGUCGUCCAGCUAGGCUCGGACCCUCCACACUACGAGGCGUUGUCUUACACUUGGGCUGACGCCUCAGGAAACUCGAAGAAAUGCAGAGCCGUAUAUAUUGGACCAUUCUGGGACGCUGUACCAAUCACGCAAAAUUGCGCAGAUGCUCUCUGCAGCGUUAGGUUCCAUCACAACAGGCUCAAGCACCGCACUCUUUGGAUUGAUGCAGUGUGCGUCAAUCAGACUGAUGUGAUGGAGCGGACUUCUCAGGUUGCUCUUAUGCCCGAAAUCUACUCGAGUGCCGCUGAAGUCCUCGUAUACUUGGGGUUGGCCAGCAACUCCAGCAAUACAGCUCUCGAGACUAUGUCCCGCUCGCUGUCAACUAAUGGCUGUCGUCACUCAAACGGAGGUGUCAUGUGCCAGAUGUGUCAAGACGCUAUUUCUCAGCUCUUUCAGAGGCCAUACUUCAAAAGACUGUGGGUGGUGCAGGAGAUUAUGCUCAGUAAAUCCAUUGUGAUUUUCUGCGGAGCAGUCUCCAGUUCAUUGCCCUUCUCCAAGAUCAUCGACUUACUGCCUUUGGAUGCAUGGGCGGUUAGGAGGGCGAAAACGCCCUUGGGUUCAAAGUCCGACCUUUUUUCACUGAUGAUUGAAACAAACCAUUGCGCUUGUCAAGAUCCUCGUGAUAAGGUCUUUGCCCUGUUGGGAAUACCAUCCGACUGGUCGGGGGCUCGAGUUCUCCCUGACUAUAGCCUGUCGCUUGAUGAAGUUGCUAUCGGCGUUGCAUCCUACUUUAUUCAAGUAUGUGAACUUGGAUGGCCGAUUUUGAUGCUCGCUGGACAAAAGCAGAACGAAGCCAAACAUCUUCCCUCAUGGGUUCCUGACAUUGAGACGUCAGUCAAAAGCGCUGGAAUUCGUAAGGAUCUCUGCGAUAAAUUCAUGAGAAACUCACAUCGACUCAACCAGGAGCUUUUCAUUGUGGAUGAUCUCUUUGUUGAGAUGGAUCUCAUGGCUAAUCGACCAGUAAUCUCGGAGACUAAAACUGGUUUUCGGCCCCCACCAAUUAUCUUCGAGAGCCAGAAGAAGGACAUUCAAAUAACCUCAAGGCAUUCUCACCUGAAGUUGGUGGCAAGCAGGCUUUGCAACAUCCACCAGGCCUUUGAUUUAGAUUAUAUGCGCUACAGCCAUGGCGUUGUAGUAAUAGCGCCUGCUCUCAAGUCACAGCCCAUUGAUAAGAGCCACCCACCCGUCGUCUCUCCCCUGCUUUUCAUUCAAAAGCUCGAAAACAGCCCGACGCCCUGGAGGGUAUGCUCUGAUUUCAUUUCGGAACACGACGAGCUGUACUGGCUCCACAGUGUGGAGGGCUACGCUAUCUUGAGACCUGAUUCGUCAUGCAACAUGCACACACUGGUGUGUGUUUGUGACCUUGCUUUCACUUGGUCGCACAGUCCUCCACGCAACCUGGCGGAUAGACUCACUCUAAUACCGAUAGACUUAAGAGUGGUCAAACGCGUCAGAUCUGUACUUGAGACAGUCAUUUCCCAGGGUCGCAACUCCAAGGUUUAUCGAACCUCGGAUGAAAUCAAUGAUGAGACAGCUGUCGCCAAACUCGCACUUCAACUCUUUAGUCUGCUUCUGGGCCGAGAACACCAUCUAUGGCGUAAGUGGCAGGUUUGGAAGCGCAAAUGGGAUCAUGUUCUAGAAGAGCCCCCGCUCCUUGAACAUGUCAUCUCGGUAUUGGAAAGCACCGCCACCACGACCGCGGAAGAGAAAGGAAGACAUUAUUCUCCUUCUAAGACAACUCAAGCCGCUAUCAAAAACCCCAAAUCCGUAGCCACUGCUGUGGUCGAUACUGCCGCAUAA